AUGGCACAAGAAUCAAUCUCUGCUCUUCAAUUGGUAGAUGAAUUCUACUUCUCAGCUCUCUUUGAUGAAAACCAAGAUCAGAUUUUCUCUAUAUCAGAUUCCAAGUAUGCAGAAGAGCUACAAUUCCAAGAAGCUCUAAUGGGCUCAAUCAUGGAUUCUCAAAUGCCAAACAUUGUCAUGCCAUCGACAAUCCAAGCAAGUCCUGCAUCAACCACCCCAGAACCAGUCGAGCCAACAAAAGAAGUUGGUGAAUCAUCUCAGAGCUUCUGUGAGAUUUGCAUGGAAAGGAAAGAAUUCGACGACAUGUUCAGAAUCCAUAACUUCUCUCAUUCCUAUUGUUUUGAUUGCAUAAACAAGCACGUCGCUACGAAGAUCCAAGAAAAUAUGAGAGUUGUCAAAUGCCCCGGUUGGGGCUGCAAAGGCGUGCUAGAACUCAAUGCUUGCAGGGCAAGGAUGGCGGUUGAAGUGGUUGCGAAAUGGGAUGAGUUGGUGUGUGAGUCUAUGAUUCUUGAAACAGAGAAAUUUCACUGUCCCUUUAAGGACUGUUCUGCAAUGUUGGUUGAUGAAAAUGGUGGAGAGGGAAUUAGGGAGUGUGAGUGUCCUAUUUGUCACAGGCUGUUUUGCGCAGAGUGUUAUGUGCCGUGGCAUGGUGGGAUUGAGUGCGAGGAGUUUCAGAGAUUGAAUGAGAAUGAGAGAGAGAUGAAAGAUCUGAUGGUGAGAGAAUUUGCUAAUAGUAACAGAUGGGUGAGUUGUCCUCACUGCAAAUUUUAUGUUGAAAGAACAUAUGGUUGUUCCCAUAUGAAUUGUAGGUGCGGAUUUCAAUUUUGCUAUGAAUGUGGAGGAACUUGGGGUUAUAGUCACAUCUGUGCUCAGAGACUACGAUUCACAUUUAAUAUUGUCUAUUUGAGGUUGUUAUCUGAUUCGAGAAUAAAUUCAAAAGCGAGUAUUCAGUUUUAA